GUGACUCCAAGGCCUACCAAGUUACACAGCCCUUACAUCCUCUACAUCAUUUGCAGGUUUUUGGGACAGCAACUAUUCCACCACAAGAAAUGCCUACCCUAGAGGUGAAGCUUCAGGAUGCUGUGCCAGAAGCUUUUGAGAUGGUGCUCAACUACAUAUAUACAGACCGCAUUGAUCCUUACCGCUGCAAGAAAGACCAAAACCCAAAUAAGAUUGUUCUUAUUAUGAUGGACGUUUAUCGUCUUGCUGUACAGUGUCAUAUGCGACGAUUGGAGCAACUUUGUGUUCAGUACCUGGAGGCCACCAUCAACCACCGCAAUGUUUUGGUCGCGCUCUGCAAUGCUGCAAAUCUCAAACUAUUUUUCAUAAAGGAAUUUUGUCUCAAGUUCAUUGUACGAGAGAGUAACUACAACCAAAUAGUGAUGUCGAAAGAAUUUGAGAUGCUUGAUAAGCCGCUUAUGGUAGAAAUAAUCCGUCGAAAACAGAUGCCACCAAUGAGAUCACUCCAGGAACCUCAGUUUGAAUCUUCAGGAACAACAUUGGAGCAAGACAUGGAGCAGUUUCUAAAGAGUGUGGGUCAGGAUUUUUGUGAUAUCACCCUGAUGCUUGAUGGUUCUCCCAUCAGAGCACACAAAGCUGUCUUGGCAGCUCGGUGUUCUUAUUUUGAGGCAAUGUUCAGAUCCUUUAUGCCAGAAAAUAGUAUGGUGCAGAUUGCCAUUGGAGAGAUGAUCCCAUCACAGCAGUCGUUUGAUUCGUUGCUACGAUACAUAUAUUAUGGUGAUGUAGACAUGCCACCCGAGGAUUCUCUCUACCUUUUUUCUGCCCCAUACUUUUAUGGGUUUACCAAUAAUAGACUCCAGGCAUUCUGCAAACAAAACUUGGAGAUGAAUGUGACUUUUGAAAACGUGAUACAAAUUCUUGAAGCUGCUGAUCGCAUACAAGCCACGGAUAUGAAGAAAUAUGCCCUCAACCUCAUUGUGCACCACUUCCCAAAGGUGGCUCAAUUACCCAAGAUGCGUUGUUUGAGCCGUGACCUGUUGCUGGACAUCCUUGAGGCCCUCGCAGAAGACAUGUCUGACUCCAAACUCUGCCAUGACAUGUCGUCCAUCAGCCUAAGCACCUCAGAUUCGGGAUGAACCCAUUCAGAAGGAUCAUAAUUGGAGAAAUGUUAGUGCAGGUGAAAGAUCAUGUGUUCUCUACAUGUAAAAAAAAAAAUAUUAAAAUCUACCUCUUGUACUGUUGGUAAAUGCUACUACUGGUUAAGAAUGAAGUGGUUUUGCUUAGAACAGUAUACAGUAGUACACUCUCCAGUCACUAUAGUCCAUAAAUUCAGAAUUAUCUCACAAUAUAUAACUUAACACAUUGUCAGAGGUCAUAUUGAAACCCUUUGAGACUUGGAACCCUCAAAAGGAAGGAAAUCUGUUUAAUUAAUAGUAUGUACAAUUAAGUCUCAUCUGUGUCUAUUGGAGAUUGAUCCAAUAAGUUUGCAUCAUUUUCAAGAAGUUAAGUUAUAAGGAAGGUUAUACAGUUCAACUUGGAGAAAUUUAUUCUUAUCAGAGGCUGUUUUUGGUUUCUGGAUCUGACAUUCUGAUACAUUAAAUCCGACUAGAUGAUCAGUUAUUACAAUUUUAGGCUGAGAAAAGACCUCUCAUUUGACUUGGUAAAAUAAAAUAUACCAGGCUGUAACAAGACAGACAGAGUGGAUGACAGUAAGUAGUAGCACCAUCAGUCAGGAGUUUGACCUUAAUGGAUGAAACAGUGAAAAGAAACUCACUCGCCAUUACAGACUUUGCCUCACUGGUUGAAGUUAUGCAUGGACUCUAUUGAUUGCUUACUAAUGCAUUGAUUGUUAAAAGUUCAUUUUUAAAAGGGGUGGAUCAUUGAGGAUAAUUUAAAUCAAAGGUAUUGAUUGCAUCAUUGUCUGAUUAUUGAACCUGAGUAUAUUGAUGGUUUGAUUGUUGCACCUGAGUACAGUAUAGAGAUGAUCUGAUUAUCGAACCUAAGUACCAUAUAUAGAUGGUCUGAUCAUUGAACCUGAGUACAGUAUAGAGAUGGUCUGAGCAUUGAAUCUGAGUACUGUAUAGAGAUGGUCUGAGAGUUGAACCUGCCUGUGAAGAUAGCCUGAUUAUUGAGAUGGUCUGACCUUUGAAAUUGUUUAUAGAAAAAGGUUUAAUCACUGAAAUUACCCAUAGAGAUGGAUGGUACAUUUCAAUAGAUUAAUGGAGUCUUUUUACACUUUAACCAAAAUCUUGCUGAUUUUCAUAACAGUUUACAGAAUCUAUGAAGAGGGCCCAGAAACACCUUUGCUUCUCAUCAGAAUUUUUCUUCUUAUCUUCAAGGGUUUUAAUCUACCAAAAUAACACAAUCUCCCCAGUCCCCGGAACUUUACAAUAGCCGGAAUUGAAGUUCUGGGUCUGUGAGUGAAUUUCUGGAAACAAUUCUGAGGAAAAAUUUAUCCAUUUUUUCCCCAGUGAUGAAAUAAUGCACAAUUUCCAGAACAAUUCUUAGAAAAUCUCUCCACACCUUUCUGCUCCAGGCCCGGGGAAAUAAGGUCUGGGAGUGGCGAAUGAUUUCAUUAUGCUCAGCUGCAUCCUCACGUGCUGGGUGCGUGGGUGGAAAAACCGCUUGGGUAACUUGUGCCUAGGCUAGCUCGCUGCUAUUGACUAAUGCUGCCCUGUGACUGUAUGGGAUGCAUCUCUCAGCUUAUCCCAGCAUCAUAACAUGCUUAAUGCAUAGUCUUCUGCCAUUGUACAAGCCAAGAAUACAGUAUUAAGGCAGUGUUAAGACAUUAAAAGUGACUACAGUAUUACCCCGCUUUACGAGGUUUCACUUUCCGCGAUUUCUCAUUUACGCGGUGCCUCGCCAGAACCGAA